UAACUUUCUCUUGUCGCAGAUGGAAACGUCAGGAGGUUCAGAGAGCUCCGGCGGCGAAGAUGCGGAAGCACGGCGGUCCCGGCGUGGACAUGUUCUGGCAGAGCUGCUGCAGACAGAACGGGUCUACGUGCAGGAGCUGGGCUCCAUCCUCAACGGCUACAAAGAAGAGAUAGAGAAGCCAGAGAACCAGCACCUCCUGCCGUCGACGCUUGUGGGCCAGGCCGACGUGCUGUUCGGGAACCUCCACGAGCUCUUCACAUUCCACCAGGACGUGUUCCUCAAAGAUCUAGAACGAUCGAUAUCAGCGACAGAACUUGUCGCGCUGUGUUUUGUAGAUAAGAGGGAGACCUUCUUCAGAUUGUACAGUUACUAUUGUCAGAACAUACCGCGGUCGGAGCGACUACGGGAGACUUUGGUGGACACGCAUCUGUUCUUACAAGCGUGUCAACUACGACUAGGGCACAAGCUCCCGCUUGCUGCUUACUUACUCAAACCAGUGCAGAGGAUCACAAAAUACCAGUUGCUGCUAAAGGACUUGCUGCGGUAUAGUGAGUGCGGCACGAUGACGACGGGUCUUCAGCAGGCGCUGGAUUGCAUGCUGGUGGUGCUCAAGUGCGUCAACGACUCCAUGCACCAGAUCGCCAUCACCGGCGUGCCUGUGGACCUAAGCCAGCAAGGCGAGCUGCUAAUGCAGGGCUCGUUCCUUGUGGUGUCCGAGAACAAGCGCGACCUUAGACUGAGGCUGCGCCCGCGCCGGCGGCACAUCUUCCUCUACGAGAAGGCCAUGCUCUUCUGCAAGCCGGCGACUAAGAACAGCCACAAUAAGGCCACUUAUCACUUCAAACAUGAUCUCCAGAUGUCACAAAUCGGUCUAACAGAGUCGGUGAAAGGCGACCCGCGCAAGUUCGAAGUGUGGAGGCAAGGCCGCUCUGAGGUGCACACGAUCACUGCGCCCACAGUCGACGUGAAACGCGCGUGGGUCGAUCGCAUCAAGCGAGUGUUGCUGGAUCAACUGAAAGAACUAAAGGGGGAGAGGGUGCGGCAAUACGGGACUCAGCAGCACCACAGAACACUAAUCCAGGCCAACUCUUGGGACAUGGGCCCGCCGACCACGCAAGCGCGGCCUCACGCGCCGCCCGUUAACCCCUCGCGCACCGCCUCCUGCGACAUGCACGAGGAGCCCUGCUGGUCCAGUGAGGCGUCGGAUGACGACGAAGAGGAGCCGGAACACGCGCCGGCGGUGGGGUGCUCUCUGGUGGCGCUGUCGGACUACACCGCGGUAGGGGCCAGCGAGGUCUCGCUACGGGAGGGCCAGCACGCCGAGCUGCUUAAGGUGGGCUGCGCUGGCUGGUGGUACGUGCGACUCGCAGGAGGCCACGGCGAGGGCUGGGCGCCGGCGGCAUAUCUCGACCAGCGCAAGACCUCGCGCUCCUCCAGCCGCUCGCACGACCACUGAGCACCAGCGUCUGCUGCCCUCGACUCCUCCCGCGGCCGCAGCCGGCGAAGACGCACCGUCGCGUCGAAAUGACACCCUCGGCCAACUCUAUCCACGGAUUCCACGGCCUCAUGCCUUAUUGUCAUUUUGAAAACGACAUUUUCCACCAUUACACCUCUUCAAAUUUUGUGGGCACUUAACCCCCGUUACGUUUAAACUUGUUCCUAUUUCCAAAUGCCUUGUUAACCCUACACUUGUAAAUUUAUUUUCAUUAUGUUCUUGAUUGUACAUUUUAUUUUUUAUUUGUUAAUGAUUUGAUGUUGAAAGCGAAGUGUAGCUAGUUAGUAAGAUUAACGGAAAUUGUACAUUUUCGUCACAGAGCAAGUAGACGUUUCGUUAGUAUAGACAAAUUUUUGAUAGAAUUCGAAAGACGCACGACAGUCUCUCGAGCCAAGUAGCGCGAGGGCUUGUAGGCGAGGCGUUGACGUCACCCCCCACUUGUUGUUAAUGUCGAACAAUAAUAUUUGUUAAAUGUAUGUAAAUGUUGUUCUAAAAAGCUUUAUUGUAAAUUAGUGUUAGCAUAGUCCCGAGUUAUCGUUACGUGCGAGUAUCCAAAGCUAUGUAAAGCGUAGGGCGUUGUUGAGUAGUCGUGACUGUUCAUAUGUACUGUACAUACAUUUUAAUUUAAUUAUAGUAAUUUAUUUCGAUGCUAGACGAGCUUUCGGUGUUUGCGUAUCAAUUUUCCAUGACAGUUACUGUGGGUAUUUUUUUUAUCCAAGUAUUAGGGACCUGUAUUACAUAGCCUGUCGUCGUAAGCCAUGUUUGUGUGAUCGACCGUUCUCAUAUCAUAUCUUCAUCAAAUCUUUAUAUUAGGUAUAUUAUUAUUAUACAAUUUAAUGCAUGAGUGCUGUUCGAAGUUACGAGCAAAGCGUGUGCAGGUGCAUUGUUUUAUUGCAUAUCUUAUAUUAUAUCGUGACAUCUUUAAAUACAUAUGUAUUGAUUACAAUUUACUAGUCGGGAUCUUUUACUUAUUUAUUUAUAAAAUCGUGUCAUAUUCAUCGGGUGCAUAUCAAGCAUUCUCUAUUGAUUUAAGUUUGGUGUGAUUUUCUUAAAGGAGUUGUUUAUUAAAUUAGAAUUCAUAUGGAAACAAUUUAUUCCUGUAAGUGCCUGAGUAACAAAAGAUUAAAAUAUUAUGAUAUGUACCCAUUUGUAUAUUUUUUCAUAUUGACGAUUUUUUUUUCGACUUCGCUGCAUUCUUUUUGUGCCACAGUACCUGUUAUCAAUAAUAAUUUGUACGAAACUUUCUUAUCAUUAAUUUAUGAUUUGUAAAAAGUUAUGUCCAUUGAAGCUGACCAUAAUUACACAGUAUUUGUCCAUUUA